UAGGGCUGCCAGAUCAGUUUGUCACCACCCAGGCUCCCUAGCCUUUGGCUGGGUGCAACUUCCAUUUUAGGUGUUGGAUCUGAGAGAAAAAAAAAAGAGAGAGAGAGAGAAACUGAGAGAGAGGGAGAGAGAGAGAGAGAAAGAAGAGCAGGAAAGAUCCUGAAAGGAGGAAGAGGUGGUGAAAAAUCAAGUACCUUGCUGGAUUUGUCUUUCUCAGCACACUGACGAAGCCUUGGGUUUCUUUCUUAAAGGACUGGUUUUUAGAAGUCCACAUUUGAGCUCUCUCCUUCCUGCUUCCUCCUUGCUGUGGUGGCUGGGAUGCUUCUCCCAUGAUUUUUUGAAUCUAGACUGGGCUGUACUCUGUGUUAAAACCAAUCAGUUACGACCUUGUCUUAACAGUAGUGUGAAGUGAGGGGGGCCUUCUCCCUCUUUGCUCCUCCCUCUGUGAUCCACACCUUCCUUUUUACCCUGCCCUGCGGCGGCUCCGCCCCUUACCUUCAUGGACGACUCAGAGGUGGAGUCGACCGCCAGCAUCUUGGCCUCUGUGAAGGAACAAGAGGCCCAGUUUGAGAAGCUGACCCGGGCGCUGGAGGAGGAACGGCGCCACGUCUCGGCGCAACUGGAACGCGUCCGGGUCUCACCACAAGAUGCCAACCCACUCAUGGCCAACGGCACCCUCACCCGCCGGCAUCAGAACGGCCGGUUUGUGGGCGAUGCUGACCUUGAGCGACAGAAAUUUUCAGAUCUGAAACUCAACGGACCCCAGGAUCACAGUCACCUUGUGUAUAGCACCAUUUCCAGAAUGCAGGAGCCAGGGCAGAUUGUGGGGACCUACACGGAGGAGGACCCUGAGGGAGCCAUGUCUGUUGUCUCUGUGGAGACCUCUGAUGAUGGAACUACUCGGCGCACAGAGACCACAGUCAAGAAAGUUGUGAAGACUGUGACAACACGGACAGUACAGCCAGUCCCUGUGGGACCAGAUGGGCUGCCUGUGGAUGCCUCAUCAGUUUCUAACAACUAUAUCCAGACUCUGGGGCGUGACUUCCGCAAGAAUGGCAAUGGGGGACCUGGUCCCUACGUUGGGCAAGCAGGCACUGCUACCCUUCCCAGGAACUUCCACUACCCUCCUGAUGGAUAUAGCCGCCACUAUGAAGAUGGUUAUCCAAGUAGCAGUGACAACUAUGGCAGUUUGUCCCGGGUGACCCGCAUUGAGGAGCGGUACAGGCCCAGCAUGGAAGGUUAUCGGGCACCUAGUAGACAGGAUGUGUAUGGGCCCCAGCCCCAAGUUCGGGUAGGUGGGAGCAGUGUGGAUCUGCAUCGUUUUCACCCAGAGCCUUAUGGGCUAGAAGAUGACCAGCGUAGCAUGGGCUAUGAUGAUCUGGAUUACGGCAUGAUGUCCGAUUAUGGCACUGCCCGUCGGACUGGGACGCCCUCUGACCCUCGCCGACGACUCAGGAGCUAUGAAGACAUGAUUGGUGAGGAGGUGCCAUCGGACCAGUACUAUUGGGCUCCUCUGGCCCAGCAUGAACGGGGAAGUUUAGCAAGCUUGGAUAGCCUGCGUAAGGGGGGACCCCCGCCUCACAACUGGAGACAGCCAGAGCUGCCGGAGGUGAUUGCCAUGUUAGGAUUCCGCUUGGAUGCUGUCAAGUCUAAUGCAGCUGCAUACCUGCAGCACUUGUGCUAUCGCAAUGACAAGGUGAAGACCGACGUCCGGAAGCUCAAGGGGAUCCCAGUACUGGUGGGAUUGUUAGACCACCCCAAAAAGGAAGUGCACCUUGGAGCCUGUGGAGCGCUCAAGAAUAUCUCUUUUGGGCGUGACCAAGAUAACAAGAUCGCCAUAAAAAACUGUGAUGGUGUUCCUGCCCUUGUGCGAUUGCUCCGAAAGGCUCGGGAUAUGGAUCUCACUGAAGUUAUCACCGGAACCCUGUGGAAUCUCUCAUCCCAUGACUCAAUCAAAAUGGAGAUUGUGGACCAUGCACUGCAUGCAUUGACAGAUGAAGUGAUCAUCCCACAUUCUGGUUGGGAGCGGGAACCUAAUGAAGAUUGUAAGCCGCGCCAUAUUGAGUGGGAGUCGGUACUCACCAACACAGCUGGCUGUCUUAGGAACGUCAGCUCAGAGAGGAGUGAAGCUCGCCGGAAACUUCGUGAAUGUGAUGGUUUAGUGGAUGCCCUCAUUUUCAUUGUUCAGGCUGAGAUUGGGCAGAAGGACUCAGAUAGUAAGCUUGUGGAGAACUGCGUUUGCCUUCUUCGGAAUUUGUCAUAUCAAGUUCACCGGGAGAUCCCACAGGCAGAGCGUUACCAAGAGGCACCUCCCAAUGUUGCCAAUAAUACCGGGCCACAUGCUGCCAGUUGCUUUGGGGCCAAGAAGGGCAAAGAUGAGUGGUUCUCCAGAGGGAAAAAACCCACAGAGGAUCCAGCAAAUGAUACAGUGGAUUUCCCUAAAAGAACUAGUCCAGCUCGAGGCUAUGAGCUUUUAUUUCAACCAGAGGUGGUUCGGAUAUAUAUCUCACUCCUCAAGGAGAGCAAGACUCCUGCCAUCCUUGAAGCCUCAGCUGGAGCUAUCCAGAACUUGUGUGCUGGACGCUGGACGUAUGGUCGAUACAUUCGCUCUGCUCUGCGUCAAGAGAAGGCUCUUUCUGCCAUCGCCGACCUCCUGACCAAUGAACAUGAGCGUGUAGUGAAAGCUGCAUCUGGAGCACUGAGAAAUCUGGCUGUGGAUGCCCGCAACAAAGAGCUCAUUGGUAAACAUGCUAUUCCCAACUUGGUAAAGAAUCUGCCAGGAGGGCAGCCGAGCUCUUCCCAGAAUUUCUCUGAGGACACCGUGGUCUCUCUCUUGAACACCAUCAAUGAGGUUAUUGCUGAGAACUUGGAAGCUGCCAAAAAGCUUCGAGAGACACAGGGCAUUGAGAAGCUGGUGCUGAUCAACAAAUCAGGGAACCGUUCAGAAAAAGAAGUCCGAGCAGCAGCACUUGUAUUACAGACAAUCUGGGGCUAUAAGGAACUACGGAAGCCACUGGAAAAAGAAGGAUGGAAGAAAUCAGACUUCCAGGUGAAUCUAAACAACGCUUCUCGAAGCCAGAGCAGUCAUUCAUAUGACGACAGCACUCUCCCUCUCAUUGACCGGAACCAGAAAACAGAUAAGAAACCUGAUCGGGAAGAAAUUCAGAUGAGCAGUAUGGGAUCAAACACAAAGUCAUUAGAUAACAACUAUUCCACACUGAACGAGAGAGGGGACCACAACAGAACACUGGAUCGAUCCGGGGAUCUAGGUGAAAUGGAGCCGUUGAAGGGAACACCCCUGAUGCAGGACGAGGGGCAGGAAUCUCUGGAGGAAGAGUUGGAUGUGUUGGUUUUGGAUGAUGAGGGGGACCAAGUGUCUUACCCCUCCAUGCAGAAGAUUUAGCACCACUAUCUCCGCUACAUCUGAGCUUAUAAUAUAUGUACUUUUAUUUUUUGGUGGCGAAAUGGACUGAUGAUUUUUCCCUUUCUUCGCUGGACUAUUGUGCCAACUGCCAGGCUGCCUCCUGCCCUUCUAGCCCUAAGUGGCCACCUUCUUUCCACCAACUCCUAACUUGUUCCAGUGAAGCUUAAUUAUCCCUCCUACCCCCUGCAGAUCCCCUCCAUUUGCUCCCAAGAAGCCUGACUCAGUUAUAUGCAUAUCUUGAGAAACUGCUGCAGAUUAGCUUUUUUUUUUUUUUACCAGGUCUCUCUGGGACUCUUGGCCUUGUAUGGAGGGAGGGAGCAAGUGGGAGUCCUCACUGGAAGCCAUGGGAAGAAUUGGAAGUUACAUGCAGUAUAUGCAGUGUCCAGCACUCUGAUAAACUGAUAAUUCUUAAUCAAGAUUUUUUUCCCUGGUGGGGAAGGGACUUUUAUUUUUUUGGAGAAUGGGGAGUGUGAGCUCUUCCCUUACCCCAGUGACUAUUUUUGAUUCAAAGAAGGCUGGCAACAUUGGCACAUUCCACCUGGCAAGGGCCCUUGAGUAAGUGAAGGUCUUCUAGAACUGAGAUUAAGAAACCUCGCUCUCCUCAUCUCCAGGGCAGGGAGCGUCAUGGACCUACAGACUCCAUCUCUUCUCCAAGCCUCAUGACAGCCUGGGCUGCUGCUGUUGCCCCUUACUGAGGCUGUCCUUAAUCUUCCUCUUCCAUCCUGUGAUAAUGUCUGCUGACUUGGCCUGGCCAUUUGCAAGAGACUGUAGAAAGAGGAGAAUGUAUCAAGGAAGACUUUUUGGGUGAGAAGGAGCAGAAAGAUGUCUUCUGGGGAGGAGAAGAACCUCUAAGAGGAGUUAGUAGGAAUGUACAUGAAUCAGUUAGUCUGAAACUGGCAGGAAGCUUUGAAGUUGGCUUCCCCCUGCCCUUAUGUCUCCUUUUCCUACCCUUACUGCCCUUCCCUGCCUGCCUCUUCCCUGGAUUGGUCGGCUGACAAAAGGACUUGAUGUACAUAUUCCCACCCCCUUUACCCUUAAAAGGUGGAGAUCGCCCCUGGAUUUGCCUCUUCUUUGUGCCUUUGGCCUGGGGUGCAUCUCCUCCUUCCCUUCCAUGUGCCUUUCUUUGCCUCUGCGGUCUCAUUUUCAUGAUUUUGCAAAUUAUAUUUUGUUGCUUUCUUACCCACUAUUGGCCCUAAAUAGCAGAAAGGAGAGGUGACCUAGAGAACCUCAGAUUCUCUGUUGGGAAUUGGUAGAGCCUCUGAUUUCAGCCAUUCAACUUUUGCUCAAUAGUAUAUGGUUGGGAUUUUGCAAAAAUCCUGUUCUGAUGAAUCUCAAAGUAUGGGAGGAGUGAGUGGUGUGACUCUUACUCCUUAGUUGCUCAGAAUUUACUGUCAUCUCUGAAGUGGCUGGAGGGAGGUCGCCUCUUGUGCCCUCCCUCCCUCCCUGCCUCCCCUGCCCCCCACCCCAGUACCACCUCCUUUCAGUUUAGUGUUUAUUAGUGGGUUGGGCUAGAGGAAUCAGCUGCUAUGCUGGUUGUUUUUUUAUUUUUGUUUUGUUUUGUUUUGUUUUUAACCCUUCUCCUUUUUUGCCUUUUACUCCUCCCCUGAAUCUAAAAGCUCUGUUCAAUGCAACUGGAAAUCUUUAUCCUUCUCUCUCCCCCUCCCCUUAUAAAUUGAGGCUAUGGGGUAAGAGAAAAGUGCACAACCCACCACCACCCCCCUUCCCUUCCCCUAUACAUUAAAAUCCCUUAUUUACCCCCCCCCCCAUUUCUUCCCACUCCUUUUCUGGCAAAAAGGAGCCUUUUCCCCUCUUUGACCCUAAGAACAUACUGCACAGGGGAAAUCGCCCCCAUCUGGACCUGGCUCCACUCUUGGUUUCUCUUCUCCUCUUUUGCUCUUUUCCUGGUGCUCUUUUUCUCGGUGGGGUGUGGGUAAUAGAACAGCCAUGGGCUUUUGGGGACCUUUAACUAUUUUUUUUUCUUUUUUGUUUAUAAAAACACUAAACAUUCAAUUCCAGAGAACCAAAAAUCCCACCUCCCACCGAACACUACUAAGGGGCAUGUCUUCUGCUCCAUACCUUUCCUGUUUUUCUUUCUCUCUUGUUAAUGCUUUUAAAAACAAAUGAGUUUUUUAUAUAAAUAAAGUUUUUAAAGUGUGUAUGUGGGGGGUCUGUGUCAUUUCUUCACUUCAAGCUGUAUCUCUUCCCUCCUUUUCAUCUUGGUUACUUCCUUAUAUGUAUCUGGGUCCUUCUUCUCUCCAGAGCAGCCAGAAGGGGUUAUACCAGGAUGGAAUUACUGUGAGCUCAGUCCCAACUCUUACCAAGCAACAUUCUUUUUAAUUACAUGUGAGACAUUUUUCCUCUUAAGAUUCUUAAAAAUUAAAUGUGGUUAAGUAGAGCACAGGAAACUUAUUGCUAACUUAGAUGGGAAACUGAAGUAUAAGGAACUAAUGACUUUCUUAGUCACCGGAAUUCUUUUGGAAAUUCGAUAAAAUGAAUGUUGAACAAAGCCCAUUGCAAUACACGGUCCUUUUGAGCAUUUAAUGUUUAUGACUAAAAAGUUAGACGCUACCAGCUCCAACUUCCCUCCUAAUAAGAAAACGUGUAAUUAAAAGGCUCAUGUAUAUAAGUGAAUACUGGGCCACAACGUUGCUUUUCAGGCUAUCUGUAAUCCUUCAGUAAGAAGACAAGGGACAGACCUAUAGCUGCUCUUGUGUCCUACCAAAUAAUAUGUGGAUGGAUAGCAAACACUUGCUGGGUUGCUAGGGAUUGUCUUGACCGCAGAGGCCACGGAUUAAGACCUAUGGAAAGAGACUUAUUUUUCUGGGGCCCCUAUCCCAUUAUAUAAUUAAAAAACUCAAGAAUUUAUGUCAAAUGCUUGCUGUAUGCCCAAUCUUUAGAUUAAAAAUCUAUAGCUUCUGA